AUGUUUGGCCUCACUGGCCUCGCGUACCCGCCGUCGCUUUCCGAGGCUGAGACGGAGCACCUCAUCAACACCAUCAAAGACUGGUCCGCCAGUAAUGGCCUGAUGAUUCGUCCCCCGCCUACCGUCAUUGCCGCCAACGUCGACCCCAAAUGCAUCGCCGCCAUUAAUGCGCCGGUCACGCUGUUCCCCAGUCCAUUUCCCCGGCAAUGCUUUGCCCAGGCGCUUGGUGUACAAACGACCUACAAUGAGCUGUAUGCGGCUGUGAGCAGGAAUGAAGAGUUUAUCGAGGACACUGUCAAACAGGUCAUUGAGGGAGAUGAAUUCAUCAAGAACCUGUGGGCAGUGCACCAAAAGGUCAAGGCUGAAGGAUAUACACAGUCGCUGUCGCUGGGCAUCUUCCGCUCCGACUACAUGAUCCAUCAAGACACUACAACCGACUCUCCCACAUUCCAGGCCAAGCAAGUCGAGUUCAACACCAUUGCCGCCUCCUUCGGCGGACUCUCAUACUACACAUCUCGCCUUCAUAGAUACCUUUCCACAAGGGAGUACCCUCUCUUGAACAAUGCCAUUUCGUCCGACAUGAUGGAGCUCCCCAGCAACAACAGCGUCCCCGGCCUCGCCGCCGGCCUUGAGACUGCCUUUAACGCCUACCCCACCUCCGAGUUGGGCCACACUAACUGCAUUCUGUUCCUGGUGCAGGACGGCGAGCGCAACAUCUUUGACCAGCGCCACCUCGAGUACCGCCUGGCCGAGGUCGCCCCCUCCGUGCCACUCUUCCGCCUGGCCCUCUCCCGCAUUAAGGCACACACAUCCCUCGCCGACACGCCUCGGCGCCAGCUGCUCUACCACCCGCCGCAAUGCCCUGGCCGAACGUACGAGGUCGCCGUCGUCUAUCUGCGCGGCAUGUACGACCCGAGCGACUUCCCGGACCAGGACGCUUGGGACGCGCGCUACCACCUGGAGCGCUCCGCCGCCAUCAAGUGCCCCACGGUGCUGACGCAGCUCGCCGGCACCAAGAAGGUGCAGCAAGUGCUAGCAACCACGCCGCAACCCGCCGCCGCCGCCGCCGCCGCGUCGUCCGUCCUGAGCUCGUUUAUCAAGGUCGCGGACGCUGAGCAGGUAGUCGAGCUGUCACGCACCUUCACCAACAUUUACCCGAUGGACACGUCGCCAGCAGGACUUGAGGCGCGCAGGCGCGCGCUCGACCCCGCGCUCGCUGAGGCGUAUGUGCUCAAGCCACAGCGCGAGGGUGGCGGCAACAACAUAUACCGGGGUGCCAUCCCGGCGUUCUUGAGUUCGAUCCCCGAGGAGCACUGGAAAUCGUACAUCCUGAUGGAGCUCAUCACGCCGCCGCCGGUGUCAAACCUCAUCCUGCGCAACGGCGCCUUGGAGAAGGGCGGCGUCAUCUGCGAGCUCGGCAUCUAUGGGACAUGCUUGUGGGAUCAAAAGACGGACGAGAUCCAUCACAACGAGUUGGCGGGGUACCUACUACGCACAAAGGGCGACAAGAGUGAGGAGGGCGGCGUGGCAGCGGGCUAUGGCUGCAUGGACAGCUGCUGGCUUGUUUAG